ACAAAAUCCUCCCAUACAAACCGCACCCGCGUCUUCGUCGCAACACAACGCGCCUAUCUGAAAUCACAUAGUCAAAAUGCCCAAGGUCGCAGCAUCAAAGCGUGGUGCCAAGGAUGGUGGCAAGAAGCGCACCAAGAAGGACCCCAACGCUCCCAAGCGCGGUCUCUCUGCCUACAUGUUCUUCGCCAACGAGCAGCGAGAGAACGUCCGUGAGGAGAACCCCGGCAUUUCAUUCGGCCAGGUCGGCAAGCUGCUCGGUGAGCGGUGGAAGGCCCUGAAUGACAAGCAGCGUGCCCCCUAUGAGGCCAAGGCUGCUGCCGACAAGAAGCGCUAUGAGGAUGAGAAGCAGGCUUACAACGCCGACCAGGAGGAGGACUCAUCUUAAGCGGGGAAUUGCCAUGAUGGAAAAUUCAGAAUCAUGGUUUUGGUGAUUCUUUCAAUGAUUCACGAAGCAUUGGGCUGAGGAUUAAUGGCAAUGGGCCACUCGCCUUGCUUAGCCAAACAUAAUGGCCCAGGCUGGUGAUGUCGAUUUCUUUGUAUUAUGGGCAGGACGGUGUUGUACGAAUGCACGGAAUGGGUUGCGUACUAUUUGCUUUCAGGUGCCGGAAUUCAACGGAACAGGGUCUCGCAUUCUUGUAAUUGUGGACGGGGUAGUGGCCGGCAGAGCUACAAUGCGAUAUCGAAUUACUUUUGCGUGAGCUUCAUUCAUCGUAAUAACAAUGAAGCCACGGCCAUGAAUUGAGAACAUCAAAUGUAAAACAUUGGAACAA